CCAUGCCAUCACAAAUUAAAAGGAGGCUCAUAAACGGUCAAAUUAAUAGGUCAUCACCCACCUCAUUCAACGACUCUUCGUCCUCCACUCACUCUCCAUUCAUUUCCUCACCCUAACCCUCUCCCUUCUCUCAAUUCUCACAAACAUGGCCGGAAAACUCAUCCCGAUGCUCUCCACCCUCUUCUUCUUCUUCUCGAUAAUGCUCAACUUCCCGGAAUACACCACUUCUGAUAACGCCUGCUCAUACCCAUCAUGCCUUUCACCACCACCUCCGGCAACCCAAACUGCGUCAUCCUUAUACCCACCCCCUCAAUACUACUCUCCGCCAGCUGGAUAUUUACCAUACUAUCCCCCACCAUCGUCUGGUACCCUAUAUGCCCCGCCACCCCCUGACCCUAUCUUACCUUAUUUUCCCUACUACUACAGACAUCCCCUUCAUGGUGAGUCUUCAGCCACUGCUCUUCCAAGUUCAACGCUGGUGAUUGCUGCCUCCAAUCUUCUUCUUUUUCUCUUCUUUUCACUGGGUUAGUGCAAAUUUUUUGUGGGGUUUUAUGAUGGAUAUUUUAUAAAGUGAUAAUCAAUGUAAGAAUUGCAGUUUAGUAGUUUCAGCAGAUGGCUUAUGAAAAGAUCAGGCAGUACCGCGUUUGGCUGGUUGCAGAAUGGUGAAGCAAAAGUGAUAUAGGCUUUGUGAUGAAGACAGCCAGAGGGUAUAAAGUUUUUGUUUGGUAACGUAAAUAUUUUUUUGUCUGAAUCCUCUCACUAGAAUUUUCUAACCCAUAUCCAUUUGAUCACAUCAUCUCUUUGGUG